UCAUCAUCAUCACGAAUCAGAAAUCAUGGCGGGUACAUCAACAUUCGAUAGAAGGCGUAUCAAUGGACCAGAGACUAUACAGCCCACCUUUGCCUUACCUACCACAUUCAAAAAGCAACGGUCAGCAUCAGAACGUCAAGGUGUUCACUCGUUAUUCAUCCAAACCGGCUUGGUCGCACAAGCAAGCGGUAGUGCAUAUUUCGAAAGCAAUUCCGUUAAAGCUGCUUGUUCAGUGUUCGGACCACGACAACAGUCACAGCAAAAUCGUUCACAAAGUUCUGCUACCGGAGGAUCUUCUGCAGGUGCUGGAAGUGCAGCUAGAUCGUAUACCAACGAAGCUGAGCUAACGGUCGAUUGUAGAUUUGCAAGUUUUGCGACGCAUACUCGCAAAAGAGCAGGAAAAGAUACGGAAUCCUCAACAUUGGCAAGUACUGUUCGACUAGCCUUGCUUCCUUCAAUCAGGUUGGAUAAAUUACCUAAAGCGACAAUUGAUGUUUUCAUUACGAUCUUACAAGCUGAUGCAGGACGAGGACAAGGUAGCACUGAUGAUGAAGCAUGUGCAGCUGCAGCUGCUACCGUUGCAAGUUGUGCUUUAGCAAAUGCGGGAAUCGAACUAUACGGUCUCGUGGUGGGCGUACAUGGUGUUUGGGGACACGCAGAUGGAAUCAUUGUUGAUGCCACACAUGCAGAAGCUGCAAGAGCAAAAGCUUCAUUAACACUUUGGAGUAUGCCAGCGCUAGGAGCGGUCACUUCUUUAGAUCAAACAGGUCAUAUGAGCUUAGAAGAGAUGGAAAAGCUACUCACACUACUACAAACAGCUUCGGCAACAAUCCACUUAAAGGCAGCCAAAGCGAUCCAAGAUGGAUUUAAGCAGAGACAUUUGGGUGAAUCAUAGAUGAUGAAUUGUUGUUAUACACUGUUGUACUAUAGGUAUGCUUGUUUAAAAUUACAAAAUUGGCU